ACUUUGAUAAAGGGUUCAUACUUCUUAUCUGUGCGUUAGCUUCUUCUUCUUCUUUAAAAUAAAAAAACCCCCAAAUUGGAUUCAGAGGAAAUCUAGGGUUUAGGACAUGUUGACAAAGGAUGGAUCUUCAAGCGAGCCCCAACCGACGGAGCCCAUGGAAACAACCAGCGGUUCUUUGCUGGGGAAGCGCAAGGAGGCGGAAACCACCGAGGCGGAGGAUCCGAAAGAAAUUGAAGGCGACGGAGAUGAAGAGGACAGUGAUUCCGGUUGGGAUAAGGAUAGCUUCGAUGGCCUGGAAUAUCAUUCCUCUGAUAACAAUGUGUAUUCCGACGAGGAAUUGAAUGAAAAAUGCCGUUACUACAAUCGCACCGUCAUCGAAACCAAGGGUUUCUUUGAGCCAUCGAACAAGUACCCGCCUUACCGUUGGGGUAUAAUUGUUUCAGUCACUAGUGAUGAUCUGGAAAAAGAAGUUAAGAAAGGCGUAACCGGUCGUGAGUUCAUGGGGAACAUGGCAUCUGAAUGUGUUGAAAAAUACAACAAACGCAAUAAUAAGAAUGUGAAAUUCGACCAUUUCUUGAGGGCCAAUUUUAUCCCAGGGGGCAGGACAAAAUACUACAUCACCUUUGCUGCAAGAGAGUCUGAUUCUCCUGAUGCACCUUUAGUGGAGUAUCAAGCUAAGGUUGCACGCUGUGCAGGCAAGACUUAUCCCAUCCUUUGCAGACCAAGUCCUCCUCCAAAAUAAGGUAGCUGAAGUUGACUGAAGAGGUCGGUUGGAAAAGGUGGCCAAGUUAUCAUUGAAGAGUUUCCAUAAGGUUGUUUCUCCGUAUUGUAAUGAAUCUUAUAGACAAAUUAGGUGGAAUUUGCACUAUGUUUGAUCGAAUAUGGCUUGACGUGUGUUUAUUCAAGAGUUUCGCAAGGAUUCUUGUUACUCCUUAAUCCUUACUUUGUAAUCUUGUAGACCAAGUUAUUAGGCACUUAACUAUCUUCCCUCAUAGAUUAAAGACUUA